AUGUCGUACUUCUACCAGCCCACAAAUCGCAACCACAAUUCGCACCACGCGCAGCGCCCGCUUUCCACGUUCUCACCGUCGUUGACUUCUGUUCUCAGCACCGAUAUUCUGAGUGCCCGCGAGAUUGACAACCAAGAAUGGGUCCUGUUUAGCCCGCAGAUGGUCCCGAGCUCCGACUACAGCGAGCUGAGCCCGCCAAGUGAUCUCCACAUGAUCCAGGGCGACCUGUCUGACCUUGACAUUGAAGACACCCCGACGCAGUCCCUGGAGCUGCCGGCACACAACGGUGCGGGUUCCUUCGACCAGCAUGCUCGCCGCGACCUGAUGGAACGAGUCAACAUGUGGCGGCUUGAUCAGAGCCAGCUGGUUUUCAGCGAGCUCCAGAGACUAGAGCGCAAGUUCUUCCCGUCGCACAGCCCUGAUGAAGGGGAGAGCGUGGACCAUCCACCACCUGACAGCAUUUGGAGUCAGAUUGGACACAAAGUCAUGGAGAACUUGCACAGCUUCAUCCACAUGGACGACGAGGUACUAGACGUAAUAUUUGGCCACAGUUUUGUUGAUGCAAGUGACGCAAGAGACAAACGUCCAGAAGAGUUUCCUGCCCAUUCCCGCCAGGCAAAUCUUAGCCGGGCCGGCGGCGACGAGUGGCAGGACAGCAUGCUUUCCCGUAUCUUCCCAGAGUUUAGCGGCAAAAAGUCUGAGUGGAUGCUUCUGGAGAAGCUUGCCAGCUGGACGUUGAAACGCCGCAAUAGACCCGCGCAGGCAGCUCCUCUAGAGACCCUGGUGUACGCCAACCCGUGUUUCACCGAGGCAUCCCUCGAGCACCGCUGGGACUUCGAAACCAGCAGUUUGAGCACUCAAGUCUUUUGA